UCUGGCAGCUCAGAACAUUCUGCAGCACAGUGUGAGGGAAAAGACCAAACCAGAAAAGAAAAAUCCUCCCCAGGGCUGGACCUAGCAACAAGUCUGUAGCAUGGAUAGCCUCAGACCCCGGAGCUGCAGCCCAGAAAUGUACACUGAUGGAAAAUUGCUUGUGCCUUGGAGCCUGACCCAGCUGCAGGCUUCACCUCUGUAGGGGACAUGUAGCUUGUGAUCCAGGCUGAGGAGAAAGGACUUGCUGCCGGCUUUCAUUUCCUGGCUGAGUUGCUCUUGUAGGCACAGCGUCUGCAUCCCAGGGUGAUGAGGUUAGGGGCCCAGCUGCUAGGGGAGCUGUAGUGUUCAGAUAGGCAGCUGUGCCUUUGUGCUGGCCACCUAGGAUGCUUGUCUUCUCUCCAACUGCUAUGGACAACGGGUCGUGUUGUCUCAUCGAGGGGGAACCCAUCUCCCAGGUGAUGCCUCCUCUACUCAUCCUGGUCUUCGUUCUUGGUGCCCUGGGCAACGGCAUAGCCCUGUGUGGCUUCUGCUUUCACAUGAAGACCUGGAAGUCGAGCACGAUUUACCUUUUCAACUUGGCUGUGGCUGAUUUUCUCCUCAUGAUCUGUUUACCCCUUCGAACAGACUACUACCUCAGACGUAGGCACUGGAUUUUUGGGGAUAUUCCCUGUCGCCUGGUCCUCUUCAUGCUGGCCAUGAAUAGGGCCGGGAGCAUUGUUUUCCUCACUGUGGUGGCUGUCGACAGGUAUUUCAAAGUGGUCCACCCCCACCAUAUGGUGAAUGCCAUCUCCAACCGAACUGCAGCUGCCAUCGCUUUUGUCCUCUGGACUUUGGUCAUCUUGGGGACUGUGUAUCUUCUGAUGGAGAGUCACAUGUGUGCACAGGGGAUGGUGUCGUCUUGUGAGAGCUUCAUCAUGGAGUCGGCCAACGGGUGGCACGAUAUCAUGUUCCAGCUGGAGUUCUUUCUGCCCCUGACUAUCAUCUUGUUCUGCUCGUUCAAAGUUGUUUGGAGCCUGAGACAGAGGCAGCAGCUGACCAGACAGGCUCGGAUGAGGAGGGCCACCCGGUUCAUCAUGGUGGUGGCUUCUGUGUUUAUCACCUGUUACCUGCCCAGUGUGUUGGCCAGGCUCUACUUCCUCUGGACGGUGCCCUCCAGUGCCUGUGACCCCUCUGUCCACAUAGCCCUCCAUGUCACCCUGAGUUUCACCUACCUGAACAGCAUGCUGGAUCCCCUUAUAUACUAUUUCUCAAGCCCCUCGUUCCCCAAAUUCUACACCAAGAUCAAAAUCUGCAGCUUGAAACCCAAGCGCCCAGGACGCUCAAAGACUCGGAGGUCGGAAGAGAUGCCAAUUUCAAAUCUCUGUCGUAAGAACUCCAUCGAUGUGGCAAAUAGUUCCCAGAGGCCAUCUGAUGGGCAGUGGGAUCUCCAAGUGUGUUGAAUGCCAUUAAGACAAACGGCCCAACAACCAAGCAGAGAAGUGGGCAACUGUGAGUUAAAUCUGAAGAGUGGGGGACUUGAAAAUGCCCCCACUCUUUCUCAGUUGUAUCUUUCUCACUCGGGUAAAAAUGAAAUCCACGCCACUCGGCCUUUUCCAGAAGGUUCCAAAUGAGUUGAUUGUGUUUAAAUAGUCUGAUUGCAAUGGUGAGGAGGCAGCGUGUGAGUGUGAAGGAAAGCCGUGGGUGUCAGGCUAGGAACUUCCCAGAGCCUGUGUCGCUUUGCAUGGCUGAGAAAAUCGGUAUGACCCUUGCUGGGUCUUAUUCUAGCUGGGAGAGAGUUAACGAUCUCAAUAACUUGUCGGUAUUUCCUGGACUGAAAAAAAUAGAAACUGCACUGAGUCAAUAGACUUAUUUCCAGCUGAGUGAGACCCUUUACUGCAGGACACCCGGUCCUAGCUGGUUUUUUAUCUUCCCUGGGGAGCUGCCACACACUUCAAUGUUUGAACAUCCAGGUGGCCCAGGAGGGCAGCAAAAAGAACGUAUUCUAAUCUUCCAAGGGCCAUGAUUUGUUCUGAUUUUAAGUGGUUUGUUUCUUUGUUUUUCUUUUGUUUGCAUUUCAAAGAAGAUGCUGAGAGACUCGUCUACACGCCAUCAGCUAUCGUUUCUUCAGUAGAAACUGAGAGCCUGGGUAUCAUGGCCAGGGGUCCUUCCUGGUAUUUGGGACUGGUUAGUUCAAGUGUGGUUGUUUCUCAUUGCUUGAUGCAUGAGUAUGAGUUGAAAUCCUUCCUUCAUUCUCAAGUCCUUGCUGAAUCCAUAGUGUGUUGUCCCGCCCCGGCCAGCAUCCUCGUCUGUUUUGUCUUUGGUGCUGGGCAUUGAACUUGGGACCUUACCUUACUGAGCCCCACUCCCAAUCCACUUGCAUCCCUUUUAGCUGUAGCAUUGUUGGCCAACUCUUGGGAGAAAGUGAAGCGCUAGGAGUGGCAGCAACAGCUCAGCUCUACCCCCUUUCAUCAGUGUCUAGACUUCUAGUCAACCAUCAGGGGUCUCCUCCUAUUGUGGGUUUUCCUCGUGCACGUAUGUUCCCCAAAUACUACUUGGAGUUCUCACAGCUGGGUGGUUCUGUGAAAGUCCAGGCUGCUCCUGUCCUGGAGAAGGGGAAAUAGAUUCCGUGUUAGCCUAAGUUCCACUUUCAAGCCGCAAAAGUGGUGACAGUCAUUCACUUUCUCCAAUUCCCAGGGUACUCUCCCCAGGAAGGGACCUUGACAACUUUUAUGUCUUUAGCCUGAGACACUCCUCAAGGUUGUCCCCAUGGUUUCCUUUGCCAGAGGUGUUGUCCAGCCUAGUAUCAAAAAUCAGUCUGAAUGCAGGGCUGGUGAGACGGCUCAGUGGGUAAAUAGGUCUGCCACCAAGCCACCAACCUGAGUGUCCCUGAGACCCACCUGGUAGAAGAAGAAAACCAAAUCCCAGCAGUGGUUCUGUGGCCGCCAUGUAUGUUCAUGCACACGCACGCACACACUAAAUGCAUUAACUCAAUAACUAUUUUAUUGGCUACACAGUCGAGUGCAUCUCAGUUUUAAUAUUAGUUUAAAUACUUAUUAGACAGGUGCUCGUAGGGAAAUUUUUAUUUAACCAUGCUCAGUUUCAAAUUCUCCAUUUGUUCAACAGGGAUAAUACUGAUGUCAAAGGGUUUGGGGGUCAAUUCAAUGACUGUACACUCAUAAGCAUACGAAAUUUGUUGUUCCCAGGUGCCUAGAAGAAGACCACGUGCAGAUAGUAGAUGAUAAAUAAACAGUUGCUGAA